AUGUUAGCGAAGUUCAUGGCCAUCCCGAACUACACAUACCUCAAGCUGAAGAUGCCAGGCCCUCGCGGGGUUAUCACCAUGGGGUCGAUGUACCAGCGCACUUUUCAGUGCGAGGUAGACAGCUGCGAGCUCAUCUCGUCGGUCAUCGCCUCUGAGGAACCCGCCCUCAUCAUGACCAAUGUUCCCGACGAGGCGCCCGACUCCAACCGCAAGACGGCGUCGUUCGAGCUGACCGAGGAUGCCAAGGAGUUGCCCCUCGACCCCCAGGGGUCGGGAGACGAGAAGCUGAGAGUCGGCGCGAUGCUGGCCCCCAAAUAG